AUGGACAUAACACUUCAUGAGCGUGAAAUACGGUAUGGAAUGGCCAUGCUACUGCAAAUACUGUUUAGUUAUACGUUCAGAAGGACGCAUAAGUAUAAUUUUGUGCUCUCAAGUACCGUUUUAUUGGUUGCCUUCGGAUUGAUGUCCUACAUUGCAUGCUUGGCAUUCAUCCUGUUCAACACAUCGGUUCUCCUCAGCACCAUUGGGCUCAAACACAAGCGAGUUAUCAUCCUGGUGCUGAAUUUGCUUGUCCUACAGUACAUUUACCAUCUAUUCGGGGAUGGAAUAAGCAUUUGUAGUCCUAUCAUGAUGUUGUCCGUUAGGUUUUUCUUCUUGGUAGCAGAGAUCGAUUGGCGUGGCGAUAGCAUUGAUGAUGCCGUUGCGUAUUUAUUUCUCAUUCCGUGCAUUCUGGUAGGACCGGCCAUAGGCUUUGUUCAUUACAAGAAUUUGUUAAAAGGCGUUGAGCGCCCCGGGUUGAAGAAUGAAGCGGGCGAUAAAUAUUUUGAAAAGCCUUUGAACAGCUUGGUAUGCUAUGUGAAGAGCAUAUUUCAAGGACAAAUUGGCAUCAUUCGGGAUAUUUAUUUGCUUUUGCAAAUGGUGUUCUAUUUGUGGGUCUACCUGGUACUUUCGAAGCAUUUUGCUGUGUACGAUGUUGUUAACCAAAGGGCAUGGUGGAGGAUCUCGCACAUGUUCAUAGCACAUUUUUGUUUUAAAUCAAAGUUUUAUUUCGUAUGGACGGUCUCUCAGCUGUGCAGCCGUCUACAGGGCCAUGCAAAUCUGAGGAACAUUAGUAAAACUGGAGUAGAGUUGGCACAGGAUUUUAAAGAACUUACGGAUAGUUGGAACAUAUACGUGAAUAGAUGGCUCAAAAUUGCUAUUUUUGAACCACUCAAGCCAUACGGCUACUUCUUCGCAUGUUUCAUGACAUUUUUGUACUCGUCAUUAUGGCACGGAACGAGUGUAUGUUAUUUUGCGCUGUUCAUGUCCGUUCCACUGAUAAUGAACCCGAUCAGACGAGCAAAAACAUUUAUGUUCCGGUGCUUUUCGCCAACGACGGCAAAGAUCCUUAACCAUCUGUUGUUUCGGUUCAUACUGGCGUACUACGGUACACCGUUUAUGAUACUCGACAUGUCCAAAACACUUGAAGUCUGGAGCAGCCUGUGUUUUUCAGGGCACCUGCUGGUCAUUCCGUUCCUGUUCAUUGGUGACAGAAAAAGAGGCUGACGUACAUCGCUCUGGCCUCGUCACCGUUUUCAUGUCCAAGAAAUCACACUAUCAAUUCAGUACGUUUUUUAUAAAAAGCAGGUUUAAUAAGCGUA